CAGCUCACAUCCUGAGUUGGAGAAGGCGCGGUCCGGGUUCUCCGGCCGUGCCCUGCGGGGCCCACGCGGCUGCCCUACGCCUGGCUCGGCACUGAUAAGGCAACGUCCGAGGUUGGGGCUUUCCUGCCAUGCAGCUGGAGACGCAGGACGCGCUGUACGUGGCGCUGGAGCUGGUCAUCUCCGUGCUGGCGGUGGCGGGCAACUUGUUGGUAUGUGCCGCGGUGGGCAUAUCGAGCGCACUGCAGACACCCACCAACUACUUUCUGGUGUCCCUGGCGGCGGCAGACGUGGCCGUGGGGCUGUUCGCCAUCCCCGUUGCCAUCACCAUCAGCCUGGGCUUCUGCACCGACUUCCACAGCUGCCUCUUCCUCGCCUGCUUCGUGUUAAUGCUCACCCAGAGCUCCAUCUUCAGCCUCUUGGCCGUGGCCAUUGACAGGUACCUGGCCAUCUGCCUCCCGCUCAGGUACAAUGGCUUGGUCACUGGGACUCGAGCAAGAGGAGUCAUUGGCAUCCUUUGGGUCCUUGCCUUUGGCAUCGGACUGAUUCCAUUCCUGGGAUGGAACAGUAGGGAUAGUGCCACCGCCAACUGCACUGAGCCGCCUGGGGACAGGGCCACGAAUGAAAGCUGCUGCCUCGUCAAGUGUCUCUUUGAGAACGUGAUCCCCAUGAGCUACAUGGUCUAUUUCAACUUCUUCGUGUGCGUCCUGCCUCCGCUGCUCAUCAUGCUGGCCAUCUAUAUCAAGAUCUUCAUGGUGGCCUGCAGGCAGCUGCAGCGCACUGAGCUCAUGGACCACUCGAGAACAACCCUGCAGCGGGAGAUCCACGCGGCCAAGUCGCUGGCCAUGAUCGUGGGCAUCUUUGCUCUCUGCUGGCUGCCAGUGCAUGCCAUCAAUUGCAUCACUCUCUUUCAGCCAGCUCGAGCUAAGGAUAAGCCCAAGUGGGCAAUUAACAUGGCCAUUCUCCUGUCCCACGCCAACUCGGUUGUCAACCCCAUUGUGUAUGCCUACCGGAACCGAGACUUCCGAGAAACUUUCCACAGAAUUAUCUCCAGGUACGUGCUGUGCCAGACAGAUGCCAAGAGUGGGAAUGGGCAGUCCAGAACCCAGCCCGUCCUCGGCAUGGGCCUAUGACCCAGGCUCCCGCCUCUCUGAGAAGGCGCGGAUUCACAAUAAACAGGACAGGAUACGACUGGCUGAUUCUCCUUGUGAAAGGACAGGCCAGCUUCAUGAGCGUCUUCCUGGAGUUCCCAUGUAUCCAGUCAUACGUACCUAGCAGACUUGAAGGGUGGACACGUACAGGGAUAUUUAUACUUCU